AUGUUACCUGUACUGAGAUUCGUCUUUCUCUACGGAACUCUGAAAACAGCGGAGCAAAAUCAUUAUCUUCUGCUACAAAAAGGGAAUGGCGUUGCAAAAUUCAUCGAAAAAGCAGUAACGCGAGAGAAGUUUCCGUUGGUUGUUGCAACGCAAUAUAACAUUCCUUUCAUGUUGAACAAGCCAGGCACGGGGGAUUUUGUGACGGGAGAGAUUUUUCAAGUAGAUGAACGAAUGUUGCAAGCUUUGGAUCGAUUGGAAGACGUUGGAAAUUUGUAUGAUCGAGAGCUGAUGACUUUUGAAACGAACGUUGGGUGUCUCAAUGGGACUCAAAGUACAAAGGAAGCUUUUGUUUAUGUCCUAAAUCGGUAUCCAAAAGCUUUGUUGAGCCUUCCAACGAUUCCCGAGUACAAAAAUGAAGAAGUGAAACCUUAUGUCUCGCCGCGAGAACGUCAGAAUGGACCUACAAAAGAAGUUCUGUGGCGUGAGUAUUCGGAAUAA